CCAAAGGUUUCCUAAGUUCCUCUUCCUUCAAGCAGAAUCAUUUCUAGAGAGAUACGAGAAAUGGCAUCUUUCAACAAAGUAAAACACAUGCUAAUGCUGGCAUUUGAGUGGAUUCUGUACAGUGCUGGUGUUACAAAUACCUGCCAAGUCACUGUAACACAACCCAGGUUUCAGGAAGCCAAUUACUCCACACACACUGUGAAGAUACCAUGUACUUAUUCUGCCACUGGAUGCUCCUCGUCUCAACCUCAAGUCCUAUGGUUUCGCUUUUUAACUAACAAACAUGAGGAUUUGUGUACUCCUGAAUGCACAAAUCAUCAGAAGUACAAAGUACAUUUAUCAAAAAACAUUUUCCUUGAGAUCAAUAAUCUGACUGUGGAUGACAAUGCUGUUUACAUCUGUGGAAUAGCAUUUUCAGAUUCAAGUUCACCCCAUUCUAAACAAACUGGAAAUGGAACAGUACUAACAAAAACAGCACAGAAGCAGCACAGCAAUGGAAACCUCACCUUCAUGAUCAUCGCCUCGACCCUAUUGUUUCUAUACAGCACUACUGCAUUCACAGGCUUUGUGCUCUACAAGUUAAAACCAAACUUGCUAAAGAGAAGUGGGAAUGAAGACCGAAGAACAGAGAACUGUAAAAUCAACAGUGGCCGAAAAAUUUUUCAAGCAAUUGCCCAGGAACUCCAGAAGCAGAGGUAUGCUGAACGCUAUGGACAGCCUGUAUCCUCUGAAAAGAAAUCAGCAAAUGCAUUUGCAGGUUUUUUCCACAAAAAGAGAUAAAGAACCCAAUCAACACAUCAGAUAACAGCUUGUCUGAAUUACAGCAUGGCUGGAAUAUGUUUCUUCACUUACUGGUACCAACAAGCAGGUCCACAAGUCUUUUGAAACAAUGCCUGCCAGCAUCUCUACUAAACAAAGGAGCAGGUUCUCAUAUCGAGGAUGUCACCACUAUCAGCUGAAAGGUAGUUCUAUGCUUUUAUAUUGGUAAAAUGUAAAGCCCAAGGUAAAGUGGGCCAAUUAUUCCUUUUGCUUUUGUUACCUGGUAAUAACCACUCCUGUACAAACUAAACAAACUCUGAUAUGCAAGCUGUUCUUUAAUGGUGAGGAAAAACAAUGCUACUUUGUUAUAUCAAAUCUAGCAAGAAAUGUGACAAACCAUACAACUUCUUUAAAACCUGCUGUACAUUAUUUUAAAUGCAAAAAAUUUGUGCAACACAAGGCAAAACUAUAGAAAUUCUGACAUUUUAGGAUCCUCAUAGCUACCCUUCUGUCCCUUCUGCCUCUAAUGCUGCAAUAUUCUGGAAUGUCAGCACUGAUAAUCAAAUUCAAAAGGUUGUUCGUUGCAACAGCAAGAUAAAAUUCCCUUCCACUCAAUAUACAGUUGUUAAAAAAAAAGUUUAAAAUGUCAUUUAAUUAAGAACAUUGCUAUUAUUUUUCACUCUCCUAUGCUUAUGCAGUGUUGCUGUCAGCCCUUCUCAUAAAAUCUCUAAUGCUACUAUGUCAGUUUUCCAAUAUAAAGAAUUAUUCCCUACAGCUAACACUCUCUUAUCUCCCCCUCAUAUCUUGCAAUAAAGUUCCCU